AUGCACACCACCACCGUGCUACAGGUAAUAGCGCUGCUACUGAGCCAGAGAAAAGCAGCGGCAGUAGCAGCAGGAGACAAUGAACAUCAUUUUUUGGAUCUAUGUGCUCUAAUUGCCCUAACACAGCGACCAAUACCAGAGCUCCCAGAAACACAGCAGGCCACAACAGAUUAUCAAGAGAUACAGAAACUGAACAUCUCUCUAAGUGGCACAGACUGGCGAAAGCAGUUUGACAAGACGGGAACUCCGCCUAAGCGAGCAGCCUAUAAACCAUCUGGAGCUACCGAAGACAGCCUGAGAAAGGAACGGCGGCCAUACUGGAUAAACGCGGAAGAUGAAAUAGAAACAGACAAAGGGCCGGAAAAAAUUCUAAGAUCCGCAGGGGCAGACGGCGCAACGCAGGCAGACAGACAGCGACUGUUGGCUUUGUUGCAGCCGAUUGCGGAGGCAGCAGCAUCAACUUUCACUGAAAUCGAAAAUUUAAAACAAGCGUCAAAAGCUCUAACUGCAGCAGCAAUCCACAAAAAGAUUCAAACAGCCACAUACGGAGAACAAGCAACGGCAGCAGCGGACUUGACAGCAGCCGUUUUCAAAGCAGCGAACGGCAACCCUACAAACCGAAAAGAACUCUGCGGCGACACAACGUCGGCUUCAGCUAAAGCAAGAACGCUAACCGCCUUUUUGUACUGUAUUUGCGCGGGCGAACAGUCGCAAAACGCCGGCGGAUUCAAGGCAUGCAGCAAUGCCCAGCCUGCGAAUGCUGACGCGCAAGCCGCCUUAACAAAUGUCCAUACGGCCAUACAAGGGCUAAUAAACGUAUGUCCGGAACCAGGAAAUGACAAAGUAACACCCGACGACAUAACAAAGCUGAUAGCAGCGGUAGCAGGCAAGACGACAAGCAAAGCCCAGCAAGCUUUUUACGGCACUUUCGCGGCAACCGACUGCGGAGGACUGUCAGGCAGCGGAUUGUGUGUUUACUACAAGACGACCACCAAGGCGGACAGCAAAGCGUAUCACAACAUACAGUGGAAAAAACAGCUCAGCGACGCCGCCAAUGACCUCCGGGAUCAACAGUUAGCGACUCAGCGGCUACAAGGCUUGCUUCUGCAAUUAAAGUCCCUAAAGAAACAGGCCUACAACCUCAGGCCUCAGCUAGAGAUUUACAAAAAACUACAGGUAACAGCGGGCAAGUCAGGCACAACACAAGAAGCGCAGGCCAAAAAAGGAGACGACUGCAAACAGCACACAAAAAACGCGACCUGCACAGAAAAUAACUGCAAAUGGAAAGCAACUACCGAGGAAGCAGGCACGUGUGAAGCCAAAGCGGAGGAACAGAAAAGCCAAGGAACAGGAGAGGGAGCUUCAGGGACAUCAGCUACAACUGGCUGUACAAGGCACGGAACUGAUAAGACUGCUUGUGAAAAUGACAAAACAGGCGACAAGCAAAAUUGCGCAUGGAGAAAAGGUAAAGAUGAUGAGCCUGACAAGGAAACAGAAAAGUGCCGAAAUGGUUGUUUUCUAGUAAAUAAUAAAUUUGCUCUGAUGACUGCUAGUUUUGCGAGUUUGGUAGCAUUUUAA